AUGUUUCCAUACCCAUCGGGAUCUCUACAUAUGGGUCAUAUGCGGGUUUAUACGAUAUCUGACGUCACUGCCAGAUAUUUUCGCUUAAACGGGUAUAAUGUCAUUCAUCCUAUUGGAUGGGAUGCUUUUGGGUUGCCAGCUGAAAACGCAGCUAGAGAAAAAGGAGUUGAUCCCCGAGAAUGGACUACUUCCAAUAUUGAAACAAUGAAGAAACAGCUUCUCGAAACCGGCAUUAUUUUCGAUUGGGACAGGGAAUUAUCCACUUGUGAUCCGUCGUAUUAUCGCUGGACUCAGUGGAUAUUUUUGCGACUGCACGAAAGGGGUUUGCUAAGGCGAAACCUCGCGGAGGUCAAUUGGGAUCCUGUAGACAAUACUGUUCUGGCUGCCGAACAAAUCGACUCAGAAGGCCGAAGUUGGCGUAGUGGAGCUAUCGCUGAAAAACGAAAACUACGACAGUGGAUGGUAGAAACGCCGCGUUAUGCUAAGAGACUUAGUGAGGGUUUGCGGCGUCUGACGGAGUGGCGGGAAGUUGCAGAUAUUCAACUGAAUUGGAUAGGAAAAUGCGAUGUGUACAGAUUUUUAUUCCCAAUCAGAGUAAGCUUGCAUUCGACCAUAAUUCUUUGGAUUGCGGCUUUGAAGCCCAGCUUAGCUCAA